CGCUGCGGGCGUCGGACGGGAAACGAACCACCCGCAGAGAUCGGGCGAACGAGAGCGCGGCGGCAUCCGAGGUUUUCGCCUUUCCCCGGUCCGCCAGUUGUUGCGCAUAGAGCGACCACCAACGGAAACGAUGGACAUCCCGCUCCCGGAUAGCACGUAGAGAACCGUCGCGCACCCGCGCGAUCACCGACGACAUCGUCCUGACACAACCAACGACAACCAGGACACCGCCGUCAGAGUGCUGCUGAUUGACGCAACUCUUCGCAACGCUACUUGUGCUAUUGGAUAUACCUCACCGAUUGGGAUCCCUCCACCGCCUCUUACAGGCGCGGGGGCCCGCGACAGCCCAGAAGCCGGCCGGAUGUGGCCGGCGGCGGGCGGCGUGCGAGGAGGCGCAUGGCCAUCAGCAUGUUCUUGGACAGCAUCUACCUCAACUGGGUCCAGCGACGCUUCCAGAACGCCACGCCCGAGGCCCGCAGCCUGCUGCGCGCCGCGCGCGUCUCGCUGCCCAGCGAGGCCGCGGACGCGCCCAGCGCGGGCGGGCCGCUCAACGCGUACCUGGCGCGAAACCCGGUGCUGCAGCUUCUGCAGAACAACCACUCAUGGCUCGCGCUGCUCGGCAACUCGUCGGCCAUCGGCGCCGACAACUUCGCGGUGCGCGUGAGCAACGGCAGCCGCGCCGGAUCCUACUACGACCACGGCCUGACCGCACUCUACCCGUACCUGGCCGUCGCCAUGGCCGUGUCACUCAUGUUCCUGGCACUCAUCUGCGUCGCCUACUGCGCGCUGCCCGAGCUGCGCAGCACGCACGGCAAGAACCUGCUCUCCCUGUCCGGCUGCUUCAUCGUGCUCUACGUGGGCCUCAUCGUGGACUUCACGCUGCGCUCGGUGCUGCCGCGGCGCAUGUGCCUGGCCGUGGCCGUGGUGCAGCACACCAGCUUCCUCGCGGUGUUCUUCUGGACGAACGUGAUGGCGUUCGACGUGUGGCAGGCCAUCGUGACGUUGCGGCCGCUGGCCAAUCCGCGCCUGCGCGAGGACCACUACUGGCAGUACGCGGUGUACGCGUGGACCGCCACGGCGGCCGUGUCGGCGCCCGCGUUCGUGCUGCACUUCACCGAGCUGGUGCCGGAGGCGUACCGGCCCCGGUUCGGUGAGGUGCGCUGCUGGCUCAGCGGCCAGCUCGCCUACGCGCUCUACUUCAACCUGCCCGUCGGCAUCAUACUGCUCUGCAACGUGGUCAUCUUCGGCCUCACCGCGUGGGCCCUGUACCGGGCGAAGACGCUGCAGAGGGUCACCCUGCAGGCCAAGCAGCACAAGAAGAUGUUCUACCUGUACGUGAAGCUCUCGGUUGUCAUGGGCAUCAUCUGGGUGUUUGAGUUCAUCCCGUGGAUCACGGGCUACUACAGGCUGUACGGACUCGCCGGCAUGCUCAACUCCCUGCACGGCAUCUACCUGUUCUUCAUUUUUGUUUUCAAGCGCAAGACGCUUGCGCAGCUGCGCCAGCGUCUCAGCUGCUGUGGCAAAAGGACGGUGAAACCCACCCUCUCCAAGAAAUACUCGUCCAGCACGCUGACGUCCGUCUCCAACUGCGCGCUCAGCUCGGGGCCUUAGUGUGACUCAUUCGCGGUUUGCACCAAAGACGUGGCCUUGCAGUUCGAAGUUGUGCUUUGUUUUCUUCCUCGUCCCCACCUCGAGAACCUUGGGAUGUGUGCUUCGGGAGCGUGUAUGUGCAUCGACGUGAUGCCGAGAACUUUCGCAGAGAAAGUGAUGAAAAAAAUGUGUGCUUUGAAUAACGGUGAGCAGACUGCACUGCUCAGAAACCUCUGUGACAUGCCAUCGAACUGCCAAAAAGCUGUGGAAAUAUUUAUAAAACAUUUCGUUCAUCAAGCUACAGCUUUUACAUUGCUUUUGCAAGAAAACCUCGUGUGUGUGGUGCUAGUUUCGGUGUGUGGAAUGAAGGACUUAAGAUUUUUUUUAAUUAAUGCACACGAUUUGUGUACAAGAAAUGCAAAUGCUGAUCUGCUUU